AUGAUUCAUCGCAGAGAAGUUGAAAUUAGGGCUCUUAUUCGUGGAUUAAGUGAAUCGCUCGAUUUGGGGAUCAUAAACGUCGUGAUUUAUUGUAAAGACUGCGAGAUUUACCAAAAUAUAACCGGUAGAAGUAACCCUAAGGAGAAAGGUGUUCUCCAAGUACUUGCCGAAGAAGUCGGACGCCUUAGAAAAAAAUUUGAUUCUAGCGAAGCUACUCUCGUUGCCCGAAACGAUAUUAAGUUUGUUUAUAAACUUGCAAGAGAGGCAGUUGUUUCUCAAACCAGCGGUGCCUAUGGUGAAAAAAGUGAUGCCAACGACGAUGAUGGUCAUGAUGGUGAUAAACAUGUUGACGAUGACGAUCAUGAUGACGAUGAUAAAGAUAAUAAUCCAUGGGCUUAUGGAUGUGGUUUUGAUUAUCCCUCUGGUGGCGUCGACAUCCACUCUGACAUUGACAUCGACUCUUACAUUGACUAUUAUACUCUUUAG